CCUAUCACUUACCUACAGGCUACAACACUGCAUUUAGUAUCCACUUGCUCCUGAAAGCGUACCGGUCCUUCAGUGGGGCGUCAUGGAUCCUGGCAUCACAAGCAGCAGAAACGACCUCGUCCUUACGGGACCGGGGCUGGAUGAAAACAACGUAGAGAAUGGAAAUGUCAGUACCUUUAAAAUUAAGGAGGAAAAACAACAGGAGGAAUCAGACGUCAAAUAUGGCAUUGAUGAUGUUCCAUCUUGGUACCUUUGCAUCUUAAUGGGACUCCAGAAUUACUUCACGAUGAUAGGUUCCAUCAUGACUAUACCAUUCAUCCUGACGCCUGCGCUCUGCAUGCAUUAUGACGACCCUGCUCGAAGCCAUAUCAUAUGCACCAUGAUCUUUGUAACUGGCAUUGUGACUUGGGUGCAGUCCACCUUCGGCUGCAGGCUACCAAUAGUGCAAGGGGGCACCAUAUCACUUCUAGUUCCCACCUUAGCCGUGCUCAACUUGCCAGAAUUGCAAUGUCCAGCAGCAGAAGUUAUUGAGCAGAUGUCACCUGAGAACAGAACUGAGUUAUGGCAGAGCCGAAUGAGGGUCCUUUCAGGAGCAAUAUCUGUAGCGGCCAUUCUACAGGUCGCUAUUGGCGUAUUUGGCAUUGUCGGAGUGCUGGUGAGGUAUGUAACACCUCUUACCAUCGUACCGACGGUCUCUCUAAUUGGAUUAUCAUUUUUCGAAAAUGCGGCUAAUGCAGCAAUGCAUCAUUGGGGAAUAGCUGCAGGGACAGUCCUGAUGCUGACCCUAUUCUCACAGGUUCUGAAGGAAGUACAUGUGCCGUUGCUGACCUACAAAUAUCGUCAUGGUUUCAAAAUCAUCUGGUUUCAGUUUUUCAAAUUAUUUCCGGUGUUGCUGACUGUCAUGGUAAUGUGGGGAUUGUGUGGCCUACUGACCCUAACUGGACAUCUACCAGAAGAACAUCCAGCCAGGACAGAUUUCAAGAUAAAGAUUGUUGAGGAUUCACCUUGGUUUCGUAUUCCAUAUCCUGGGCAGUGGGGUGUGCCAAAAAUCACCCCAUCAGGUGUGCUGGGAAUGAUGGCAGGUGUCUUAGCAUGCACUGUGCAGUCAAUCAGUUUCUACCCCACCACUGCUAGACUGUGUGAUGCACCACCACCCCCAGUCCAUGUUAUUAAUCGGGGUAUUGUCAUUGAGGGGCUUGGCACCAUUGUAGCUGGACUCUUUGGCACUGGAAAUGGUACAAAUACAUUUGGAGAGAAUGUGGCCGCAAUUGGUGUCACUAAGAUUGGAAGUCGGCGAGUAAUCCAGUGUGCAGCUAUCCUCAUGGUGGUUGUUGGCCUCGUCACCAAGUUUGGUGCAGUUUUUGUCAUUAUCCCUCAGCCUAUUGUUGGAGGCAUGUUCUGCGUCAUGUUUGGUAUAAUUGUUGCUUUUGGUUUAUCAGCUCUGCAGUACGUGAACUUAAAUUCAUCAAGGAAUCUGUACAUUGUUGGUUUCUCAGUAUUCUUCUCAAUUGUGCUGACUAGAUGGGUGAAAGCACACCCAGACGUAAUUAAGACUGGCAGUGACAUAGCUGAUAACACCAUCACAGUCCUACUUAGUACCAGUAUACUGAUAGGCGGAAUCAUAGGUUGUGUCUUUGAUCACAUCAUACCAGGUACACCAAAGGACCGUGGCCUGAUUGCUUGGCGUGAGCAGAUGCAGUUGGUAUCUGACAGAGAAAAAGCAGAAUUACCUAGCACCUAUGACUUUCCUGUGGGCAUGGAAUACCUCAGAAGACACAAGUUUUUCGCCCAGCUACCAUUCAUGCCUACAUAUAAGCCAUGAAAGUGACAGCAGUGCUGUAAAGAGAAGACUUCCUAGACAUAACUGAAGGCUUCGUCUUCAGUUCUCUGAGGGAUAAUGAUGAUCACAUCUAUUAUAUAACAAAAAAUAUGAAACCUAAAAUGCAAAUCUGAGCAGAAUACUAGUCAGCAUAACUAUGUUACAGCAGGAUUUUUCAGUUCUACCACUUAAUCUGCCAUUUACAACUCCAUAUUCUGUGUUAUCUAUCGACAACACUACUAUCAACAUAUAACUUAACACUGGUGAUCAGUUAUUCAUAAUUAUGAAUUCAAUCAGCCAAACAGAUCAUUUUUCUCAGGUCUCAAGAAAUAUUUUCACCAUCAAUUCCUACCUAUGUUAGUCAUGGUUAAUGCAUGCCCAUAAAUUUAUCGAAACAUCAACCACUAUCAUUUUACAGCUUUCCCGUUCUGUGCAAUGUCACAGUAAAAAAUCCAAACAUUGAAUUAAUUCACAGUACUGUAUGGAAUGAAUUGUCAACACAGUCUGCACACAACUAUACUCUCACACGUACUUAUGCUUCUUCUUCCUUCAACAUUUUCACAUUUAUGCUGAUUAAAUAAUGUCUCAACUAAUGUCUUAAAUUAGUCAUAUUUGGUUGUUCAGUGUUCAUCUGUUGUUGCUGACUGAUCUUUUCAAAAACAUCGGCACUACUAUACUUAGACACUAAGUAAUAAAACCAAAAACAAAACUAAAACAGAAGAAAGUACCAUGAUCAAAAGAUAAAGCAAUUUGUAAGUAAUUUAAAAUGCAAAGUAUGUCUAAUGCAUUAACAAAAUUUCUUAUUUAAAUCAUAGAGUCUGUUACAUAAGCUAGAAUGAGUUCAUUGUUAAAACGUAUUAUUAAUGCCAAAUGACAGAAACAGGAACAUUGUAGUUGGACCAACAGAGAUGUCAAUUCAAUAUGCAUUCAAUUAGAAAUUGAAAAUCGAAGAAUUAAUCUAUAACUUUGCUACCUUGAAAGAGCUAGGAUGGAGCACAAGAAGUAUUACUUAUUUUGUUGUUGUUGAUGUGCAGCAUGUCCCAAAAGAAUGGGACAAUGGGUGGUCACCCCAUUUGCCUCACCCUAGAACAGAUCUGGAAGGAUAUAUCCUUGAAUGUUUUAAAACAAGAGAGGAUCUUGAAAUCAACAGUACAUUCAAAAUAUUAGUACAAGAAUCCUAUUUUUAUAGGAUGAUUCUACAGGAAGCCAUUCCUUAUUAGAAGAAAUACAAAUGUAAGUUAGAAUGGAAUCAUUUAGGAAAGACAGUAAGUUUUGAGGUUUGCUACAAUAAAAGAUGAUGUGAUUCAUGUAUAUUUAAACUAUAACAUUGUUCCUGCUCAAAAAACAACUUAUGGGCAUUGCAGUUUCAUUGCACUUGACAUUUAACUGCUUUUUGUUUAAAGGUUAAUAAAAAUACAUUACUUUUCAUUCAUU